GCUACAUCGUGAUGACGGGCACUAAUAGCCCUUCCUAGAAAUGGACAGCAGCGACGUUUUCCAGAACCGCGCUCAGAAUUGCGCCAGAGACGGCGAUGAAGACCUAUGCGACAAAGCCGACGCCAGCAUGAAGCUGUUUCUGACCAGUUUCAUUUUGCUGUUAUACACGCUUGGUUCAAUCUCGUCCGUCAGCCAGAGCCUGCUUGGUCUCACAGCCACCCCGUUCUUGUCCCCUGAGGUUAACGUUGAGUUUAUCUCAACUGCCAAAACGUCGCCUGGCUUCCAGGUUUUAUCGACAACAAGACUCGGGUUCUUGGCCUCGUCACCUCUAUUCUCGGAGAUCUCUCGCAUCCCACAUGCGGGUCUAUGCCGCCACAGCUGAUUUGGAACAUCCGGCGGAUAAAUGUACGGAACAGUUGUCGAGUUUGUCCGUCCCACAGCUUGCCGCUAUUCGUCAGCAUGGAAGCGUCACUGUUUCGGGAAUUUCUCCAGUGGUUGGGUUCUGUCGAU